GCCACUUAGAACUCCGUUCAUUUCCGUCAUUGAAAGCAUUUCUUAGAAAUGCCGGAUUUGCAUGUUACUGAAAAUUCUGAACUCAGCACGUACGUCGAAGGCAGCGUUGUCUGAGAUGAGACGUAUCUAGCAAUUUGCUGGGCCGACCAAAGUUCUUCGAAUCCACGAAGGUAGCCUUAAAUUGUUAUUGCUUUAUGAGUCAGUCUUUGUAAGAUUCUCUUAUUGAUUUUUGACUUCUUUCAAUGAGUAUCAGAGCAAAGGUAUGAAACUGAAGAAGUUCUCCUUGAUAAAAAUAUUUUGACACAAUUUAUUUUAAACCGAAUGCCGAAGUGGAAAGCCAGUGCAACAUCGCGAAUUUUGUAAAAAACUUGAACUGUUUGCUCCGGACAAAAUUAAAAGGGUUCGUUCAAGGAAUGCAAUUUUCUAGUUAUUUUCGAUUAUUUACUAAUGAUCCUUUAUCUUUAAAAUUAUAUAGGUUUGAAUCAUCAGAACUUUUAGAAUAUUACAAGCUCUUCUGCACACUCAUUAUCUGAGUUCUAUUCUUAAGUCACUGAAUAUGCCAAAAACAUUGUUGGCGGCAAUCUAGUCUCAGUCACGGCGUAUUAAGGUAUAAUACUCGCCUUCAGGGCGUAAGGAGCUAGGCUAGCUCCUUACGCCCUGCUCGCCUUACUUGGCUAAAUCAGCCAUAUUACCAUCGCGAGUGCCAGAAUCAAUCAAGCCAAAAACCGACUAUGUGCCACUUUAACCUAUAUUGUUUAGACCAUAACAACGUCGAUUUUUAACAUUUAACUGCUGUUGUUCAGGUGAUCUUUUCCUUCAGUGUUUUUAGGUUAAGUAUACUUGAAUAGUAGUUUUAUUAUUCAUUCAAAAUAAUUCCUAGUUUAAAAACAAGCUCAUUCACAUGCUUACGUCCAUCGAUGUUUAGUUAAUAUUCGGUAGUGCAUGUUUAUCGGCAAGUUUAGGAUUUAUAGGGUGGUUCAGUUCUGCAAAUAUUUUGCACUGAUAUAGAAGAUGUCGUCCGUCGAGUUGUCUGUUUACUGUUCUUGCUGUGAUUUAACCAAUAUGGUUCGCCUAUUUCUUCCUCCUGAAAUGUUCCGCCAUUUUGUAUCACUACCAAAACAACUCAAACUCGUCCCUAGGUUUUCUCGGUUAACGGUUCAAUAAUCUGGCAGCUGCACAAUAGACCUUUUUAGCUUGUAUGUUUUGUUUUCGCAAUUCAGACCACGUGAUGUUCUCCAGGGAAUUUGCGUUUUGUCUUUUCAUUAAUUUUGCAUACAAUAAGACGACAUUUGAAAGAAACAGUUCUCCGGGGUACCAUCACUUGGUCUGUAAUGGGAAAACAAAACAUACAAGCUAAAAAAGGUCUAUUGACGUCUUCAGUUCACACAUCGCAAAAUUCUUCCAAAUCUGGUGAACAGUAGCUGGUUAUGAUGAAUAGACGUUUUUAUCUUGUAAGUUUUGUUUUCCCAUUUCAUACCACGUGAUGGUAUUCUAGAGAACUGUUUUUUUCAAAUUUCGUCUUAUGUCCGUGCAUCCACGUGCCUAUGUAUGCAUAAUUAAUGAAAAGACAAAAGGCAAACUCCUGGAGAACAUCACGUGGUCUCAAUUGGGAAAACAAAACAUACAAGGUAAAAAAGUGUAUCAUACGUGAGAUUUUAGCCAAUUAGAAACGGAGAAAUAUUUUAAAUGAAUAAUAAAAGCAUUUAUUAUAGAGUACUAAAGUGAUGACGUCAUAAAAAUGAAAUUUCUGAAAUUAUGGCAUUUGUCAGGAUAUUCUGAAAUAUUCUGAUAUUCUGAAAGAACAAUGUCCAAAAAUGAGCAUUUCUGGGGCAAAUUGUCUCUGAGAUGUUAGCCGGUUAAACUUAGAAAACUCCAUACAAACCCUUCUAAUUUUUUUGGGUCGACCUACAAAAAAAUUUAGAAGGGUUUGUAUGGAGUUUUUUAACAUACGAUCUCAGAGACAAUUUGCCCUGAAAUGCUCAUUUUUGGCAAGUAGGCCUCUUGGACAUUGUUCUUGCAGAAUAUCCUGACAAAUCCCAUAAUUUCAGAAAUUUCAUUUUUAUGACGUCACACUUUAGUACCCAAUUCAUUCAAAAUAUUUCUCGUUUCUAAUUGUCUUUAAAACCUAGGGUAAAUCUUUAUAACCAGGUAGCGCUGUAGCCUACGCAGCAGCCAGCCCACGCAUCAUCUAAAGCUUUUACGUGACUCGGCAUUUACAUGACGGCCGAGAAAGCUGACAUGUAGAUUUAAAAUUAUGUGACUUAUUUCGGUGAAUUUUGCUAACUAAACAGGUCAUAUUUUAGAAAAAAAGUGUUACUUUAAUGUUCAUGAGUUCCUCGAGGAAUAGCUUGAGAAAACAGCCUAUGUUUCGCGACGCCACCACUGGUUUCCCCGCGAAAUGACGUCUGAGAAACGAGCGGAGAAAUUCCAUACUGAUGACGCGUCACCACCCAGAUGGGGUAGGGCUUCUGAUUGGUCGUGCAGCGUGGGAAAUUUGCUUUAGUCAAUCAGGAGCCCUACCCAGAUCUGGGUAGUCACACGUCAUUAGUAUGAAAUUUCUUCGCUUGUUUCUCAGACGUCAUUUCGGGAAAACAGUUUUGUGGCGUCGCGUCGGCUGUUUUCUCGGUAACAGAUGUUUCUGUUGGUUUUCGUCCGCAAUGUUGGUGCCCAUCAGGAUGGGCCCUAGCAAGGCAACUUCAUAAAAAUCUAGCUAAAUCUCUAUAAAUUUGGGUAAAACAUAUCUUUGGAUAUCUCGCAUACGAAACAUUCCACUGACCUGAAUCUUGGCGAGAGUCAUUGCAUAUUCGCCAUUUCACCUUCUUUCAUUUCCUAGGUUCUGGACUUAAUCUAUUAAACGGUUUUGAUUUUUAUUUUGAUCUAUUUUGAAUGGCGUGACACUGAAAACCAGCCAAUACAAGCUAAUACAGGCGGAUUAGAGUGGGUACAAACACUGAUCAUAUUGCUGAUUCAGUUUCACUGCCCACGCCAUCAAAACUGAAUAAAAUCAAAAUCGUUCAAAAGAUUAAGUCCCGAAUCUAAGGAAUGAAAGCAGGCCAGUGCAACUUUUCAUAUGCGAGAUAUCGAAGAAAUUAUUUACCCAAAUUUAUAGAGCUUUGUGUUUAGACACUUCGUGAUGCCCAUUCCUAUGGACACCAACAUGGCGGGUCAUAAACCAAAAGAGACAUCUGUCACUGAGUUUUGCUUUGAAAGCGUUAAGGUCAUCUCUCGGUACUUUUUCUAAUACAAUGACUGUUCAGAUAGAAAAUCCCUCAAAAUAAGUCGGUUUUUUGACCUACAUCAUAGCUUUCUCGACCGCCAUGUUAUCAAUGUAAAUGCUGCGUCAAGCAAACGCCUAGCAAUUCAAGCGUAUUCUAUAACAAAACGAAGAACCUUUUGGAAGUGAAAAUUUGUAUUAAUAUUUAUAUUUUUUUAGCUGCCCCAAUACUUCAUGAAAGUAGAACUUGGAAGAAUCGGUGAUUUCUUUCGUUUGAUAUGAAAGCCAACAAUUUGCAAGUUGCGAGUCCGUGUACUGAUUUGCUACCCGAGGGGACAAGAUGGGGCCAUCUUCCCCGCUCGAAAUUUCUCGCAUUGGUCCCGCAAGAAAAGUUCUCUUUUAGGCCAUAUGGUAAAUUCUUUAUUGACCCAACUUUUUCGGCCAAGAUGGCUAUCAAGGAUAUUUGCCUCGUUCUUAUUGCGAUUUUCGUUAUUAAUAUCCACUUCGUCUCUGUUCAAACGCAAAAAGGUAUUGGCCAAUACCCAGUCAUCUUGACCCAACGCUUGGUCAGUAGCGCAUAAUUGUAUUUCCUCAGUAUACAAUCGUUUCCAGGCAGCGGCGCGGCAGCCUAGCUGUUUUUGACAUAAGUUCACUCAAGAAAAUGGAGAAAGAGUUCACGGCUAUGCGAAGACCGUGACAAAAUAGCCAAAUUUUUUUUAGCUGAACAGAGCAAAUGCAGGAAUACGCAUGGAUGAAUGACAAUCAUAUACUUAUUGAGGAGUGUCUGCAAGGAAAAGACAUCUGUAAAACAUCUGUAUAUUCGUGAAACUGUUCUGAGAAACAGGCAGUCCUUCCUUGAGUCAAACUACAACAAGAUAACAUUGUUGUCAGUUGUGUCCCUAGAUGAGAAGACUCCCAUAGUAUGCCAAUAUUUCGAGAGAUCAGCCUGCUUGUGUUUUUUUUUUGUAGGAAGCGGCCUGUGAAAUAUGAACUUCCCCAAGAAAAACGCUGAUCAUGAGAUCAAGGCUUUGUGCAAAGAAUCACCAAACCUGUUAGUGGCUCUAGAGGGACAGGACGAGUAUAAAAAAUCCAUGGGAAGGUUGUUCUGUGAAAACGACUCCAACAAACCAAGAGCUUUCUUCACGCCCAAGACUACGGAUGACGUAUGUCGUGUGCUGCGAUACGCCUCAGCCAAUCAGCUUCAAGUAUCAGUGCUUGGUGGGGGGCAUGACCCUAAAGGUACUCUAGAAAGUCAGAUUUUGAAACUUGGUUUCUAGGAACCUUAGUCUAGUGUUAUCUUACAACCUACAACUAGGGUAUCUAAAAGAUAGUAAUGCUGCGGCAAAUUCUGUUGAUACUGGCAUUAGUUAGGCAGUGGGACUUAAAAGAAUCGAAAAUGACAUUGAAUGUCCUAUUUACAUGUUGGAAAGUACUAGAAUAAUUACUAUCAGUCUAUAUAAAGAACUCGUGGGAACGUUGUUUAAAAAAUGAUCAAGUGGUUAUCAACUCUGGUUUUCCCACAGUAAAUUGUAGGAAAUGAUAGAAUAUGUUUAUAGAAAACAACAACACAAAAAAACAGAAAAAAAAAAAGAAAGAAGGAAAAAAAUAGUUCGGUAGGACUUGAACCCGGCACCAUCGGCUCGACGCGACUACACCUCACCACAACACCACAGAGACUGAUUACGUAAUUUUGGGAAAAGUCUUUAAUUUAAUUCCUUUUCCGUGAAACUUCCGCCGGCAAGAUGAUCGCCAGCCGCAUUAAUCGAGCUAUUAACAGCAAAAAAACAAUGUAAACGCAUAUUCCAUGGCAAUGAAUGAAUGAAAGAACAUAAUUAUGCUUUUCAAAACGCCGAUACACGUCCUCGUCUGCAACGUAGGACACAAAACAUAUGUUUUGUUAUCUCGAUUUCCGCUGUUAUUUUGAAGCGAAUGGUCAAAAUCACAUCCAUUUUCGGCUCAUACAGGUUCUUAAGAAUAGCAUGGCAUGACAUUUUCUCACUUUCACAUCACCUUCUAGCAAGCUGGAAUUUGUAUAUCCCCCGUGUUGCGGAGUCGAAGAGCAAAUACUCAUCUUCUCGUCAGGUUUAACACCUGGACGAGUCAAAGGCUCUUGAAUUGAAAUCCAAUCCCCAAGUUAACCAUCGUACUCAUCUGAAAGACUCCUGCGUGUCUUAAAUUUGGUAAGACCUCUAACCGUGCUGUAGAAAAUUUGCUACAAAGAAAACUCUGAGUCUGGGCAGCGAACGAUGCGAACUUCCCCGUGUUUUUACUUGACUUGUUCGUGGCGCAAUGCACUUUGGUUAAAUGCAAUGCAUUGUGGUAAAAAGUGUGAUUAAAUGCAAUGCAUUGUGGUAAAAAUGAUGAAUUUGAGAAUUCGUCGCCCCUUAUAUAUUUCCCUUAAAUCCUGAUUAUGUUGCUGCUCGCUCCCUACGGUCGCUCCGCAGCAAUAACAUUGAUUCAAACAAUUUUAGAAGGCAAUAAUUUUAAUCCAUUUUGAUUGUCAAUAUAAUGAGUAUUACUGCACCGAUGCAACUGAAGUUCAGGUCGACGCAGGGUUACCCUGGAUCAAGAUUUUAACUCAGACAGAGCGUUCAUGGAGAUGGCCACCAUACUGUAAAACAGAAAAGUAAAAGCCACAAAUACAAUGUCUUUCUUUCAUAUAACACCAUGUAGAUCUUUGAUCACUUAGUAUGAAUAUUCACUGCUGUCUUUAUUUUUUUUUUUUUUUUUCGUAAUCCGGACAUCUCUCAAGUGAGACCAUUUUCGUCUCGGUCCCUAUUGAUUGAAUACUCGUUUCCAAUUAAAAACCUGAUUGGGUUUUUAAUCCUGACUGGGUUUAUAAUCAAUUGGUAUUUAAGCUUUCUUGAGAAUCGUCAACAGUGGAUAAUAAACAAUAGUUUUCAAGGACAAUGGGAAUGUGUGAACAGGGGCACUACACAAGGCAGUGUGAGUGGUCCGUACUUAUUUAGCAUUUUUAUUAAUGAUCUGGAAAUCAGCAUAGAUAACCACCCAGCUCUGAUUAAAUAUGCGGAUGACUCUACUCUCAUCAGUGUUCCCGUUUGGAGUAAUGGGCACCGUCGUACGGAUUUGGUGGAUCAGUUUUUAACUUGGUCUAAUGAAAACAGUAUGAUUUGUAAUCCGUCGAAAGGUAAAGAAAUUAUUUUUCGCAAGAAAGGAUAUAUUAACAACAUUCCGCAAUGCACGGAGCUGCCCAUUUUAGGCGUUAUGUUUCAGGAGAAUUGUAAAUAUAGCGAACACGUACGUGCUAAGUUGACUAAGGCAAAUAAGUGUCUGUUUGUAAGGAAGGAAGGUUUCAGUCAAGGUGAAGUGGACCACCUAUUUGACGCCUUAGUUUUAAAGAAUUUCACUUAUAGUCUACCUGUUUAUGGCGCUGUAAACUCAGAUCUCACGGUCAUACAAAACUUUCUGGAUAGAUGCUUUAAAAGAAAAUACACAUCUAAGAGAAUGGACAUUCGAGAACUUUUAGAAAAGGCAGAUAAGAAGCUUUUCAAGGUACGUUCAGUGGAUCCCGAUUGCACGCUCAGUAACGUCAUUCCGAAGAAGCCGAAAGAAACAAAGUAUCUACUCAGAAACAAAAGUGCUCAUCGCCCGGAUAUAAAGACCGAUAGAUUUAAGAAUGUUUUUGUAAAUAGGAUUAUUUUUAGAUAUAAUCUUGGAUCUUUCUAUUAUUUAUAUACAGUAUGCCUUAUGUAUUUUUAUCUUUUUAUUUGUAUGCACUGUGUCUUAUGUAUGUUUAGAUUCCCAACUGCUGAUGUAACUUAAGAUAUGUCUUUUUAUCUUAGGAGAAUAAAGAUUGAUUGAUUGAUUGAUUGAGAGGGGGGGGGGGGGGGAAGGGCUCCUGACAAUAGAUGGUACUUAUUUCUCUCACCAGCUCACGACCCAGACUCCCAACAGUUUUUGCGCGCAGACUGAAACAAGAGAAAAUACCUGCGUGUCAAGUUAAAAUAUUUCCAAUCAAAAUUGAAGUGACAAUUUGUUUACCCAUCUGAAGGCUUGGCUAUCAUUCACGAUGCCCUCGUUCUCGACAUGUCUGCAAUGAAUCACAUCGACAUUGAUCCUCAGACAGCAACAGCCUGGGUCGAGGCAGGAGUGAACGUGAAGGAUCUUGAUGACGUCACAUGCCCACAAGGCCUGGCUGCAGUGAAUGGCUCCUGCACGACUGUCGGUGUAGUAGGUUUCACUUUAGGUGGAGGGUUUGGGUUUCUCAGCAGGACGAAGGGGCUGGCAGUCGACAACUGUCUUCAAAUGGAAAUUGUCACUGCUACUGGUCAGCGGAUAGUUGCAUCUUCGCAAGAGCACAGACAUCUCUUCUGGGUAUUGAGAGGAGCUGGGCAAGUGGGAUAUGGCGUGGUAACGAAGCUACAAGUCAAAUUACAUACCUUGCAAGAACAAUACGUCGGAGGUAAGGGACCUCUUUACUUAGAAGCAUUUUUGGGAUCGAUUAAAAAAAUCAUUUGAAACUUGUAACUUGACGUUGGACUCUUGCCUUAUUGUUAUGAAUAUUGAACUCUGUUGGACGAUUCAAGCCUGAUUUCUAUUAUGUUCGCUACAAUCGGUUAGAUCCCUGGAUUAUAUAACCGAAAUUUUAGGGGGAAUCUGGAAAAGGCCAGGCUUUAAAAAUACCUUUGAAAAUAAAGCCCGUCUCCGGAACCGUAUCGCUGUGAUGGCUGAACCCAUUUUCAGGCAUCCUAGCGAUCAUAUAAAACCAGGAUUUAUUGACAUGUUUGGUGCGAAAGCUUCCGAACACAAGGUCGAUCACGUUUACGCUCAUACCGUAACAGUUUAAUUCAAUUGAUUGCUAUAUGAAGGAAAUGUGAUAUAGGUGCAAUAGUUUAUAUGUUGACUGUUAAAGUGUUAUUUAGGUAAAGUGCAUACGAAGAGGAGGCCCACUCGGCGGUAGCUUAGUUCAGGUUCCUGUAACAUAGCAUCUAAGGGGUAAUUACAAGAGACCGGGACGAACUCAGACCGGUAUGAGUUCGUAUCGGUCUCCAUACAUUUCUUUUCAUGCGUUUACAUGGGACCGGCCUAGAAAUGAACUCAGACCGGCCUGACUUCGUUUCGUCGCUGACCCGACUCGAGUUACUUUCGUACCUUUCUGAGACUGUACCGUUCUCAUGUAAAACGGAAACGAAUCUCAGGCCGGGUCCAUAAAUAGCAUGUUUCUUCGUAUGGCGCCAUCAUUUUUGCUUUUUUCUCAGCAAAAUAAGAACACUGCGAUGAAUAGCUGUAAACAAGACUUCAAUUGAAUAUAUGAUUCGGUUAAUGUGACGGAUUGCAUCGUUUUGAGAUGCUGUGCAUUUAACAUGCCACCAAAUGAGCGUUAGAUUCAGUUUACAGUUUUCUGAGAGCAGUAAAAUAUGCGGUUCUCUAUUGACUGUCUUAAUUGGCGUAAAUUGUGUACCAGUUAGGACAGUUGGCGAAUAAUAUGUUAAAUAACCGACUUAAGAAAGUUAUAUAGCUCCAAGGGGGGAGUUUGUACCGGUCUCAUGUAAUCAACGAAGUGUUUCAUACCGGUCCCAUGUAAAGAUUAUCCGUUGUUGUGCUUUCCUCUGAAAGUGAGAGAUGCUGGCAGUAUGUCUCCGGCAUCCAUUUAAUGUACACAUGUGUAAAAAGAGACAAUUAGUGGAGCCAUAUAUAAUGGAUGACAUUUUUUGUCCUGCGUUGUAUUCUAACAGGUCGCUUUUGGUACGUUCCGAUGAACUCAACAAAGCUUAAGGAACUUCUGCACGUUAUGAGCGAGUUUUGUAGAUCAGCUGAAGAUGAAAUAACUUUCAACAUUUACCUUAUAACACAAGUCCCUGGGGUUGCAGUGGAUUACUUCUAUGACGGACAUCCAAGUGAAGCCGAGGGAAAACUCCUUCCGUUCCUUCGUAGUAUAACAGAGAGGUUUGGUCCCCCGGGAGAGAGUUCUACCGCUGUUAAUGGUCCUUGGGAAGAACAGACCACCUCUUAUGUCGAGUAUCAGCAAAGAUUUGGGGAGGAACCAGUGAAAACCUACAAGAUGUGGAAAUCUGCUUUUCUGGGAGAGUUGACUCCAGAGGUAUGGAUUGCGUCUAUUUGGGCGGAUUAAAGGACAACAACUGAGGUGUAAGGCUGGUUGUUCCGGUCACACAAAUCACUUCAGGGUUUUUUGGUUGAGAAAAUCCUUGUUAGAAAAUCUCUAUCAGAAACCCAGAAAUACCCCAAGUGCUGCAAAGAUUUUGAGUUAAAUUCCUGCAGCGACUUCUGCAGUAAAGCUUUUUAACUAAAUAAGGGUCAAUUCACGGACAUGGGCUAAGGGGCUGACCCAAGCGGGGGAAGGUAACUCUAUUGUUUUCCACUUAAGUUUCUCGACCCACUCCGCCUGCCAGUAUGACGUCACAUAGUAACGGGUAAGAGCCUCGGGUCGCUUGUGCAAAAUAGCAAGGGAUACGACAGUUAUUUGGACGAGAGAGGUCGAGGAAAAGCUAAGAAGCUAGCAAAUAUCGCUAUAUAUCGCUAAUUUGAUCGAAUGAGUGUGAGCUUUGGUGUUGCUGUAAUCUGCUUGUGUAAACCGUUUUGAUAUUUUGUGUCCAUGAUUAUAUAAUUUUGUUAAUUUGUUUUGCGGGCCGUGUCGCGGGAUCGCCAUCUAUUUCACGGGAACGGCACUUAGGUCAUCAAAACUAAAAUCUUUUUCUCCUCUUAAAUAGGCAAGGUCUAGUCUCCAGAAUAGGAGGUUCCAUUCACAGAUCACACAUGUUUAUAUUUCAUCUAUUCUUUUGCUAAAUAAAUGGGCCUAACUUCAUAUCAUUCCUUUCGAGUGAGGGCCUCUGUUGAUCUCCUAAUUCUCCACCGAAUUCAGUAAAGCUAGUUCGAUCGAUUCUCUACAUCUAGUCGGUCCGUUGAACCCGAAAUAAUGCGAAAUAGCUUUGAAAUACGCGCUUAAGCUAAUUUUCCUCAAAUGUAUAUUUGAAUUCAUGAUAAAUACAGCUCCACCAACUUCAAACAGCGUCUAUGGCAGAGAAAAAUUAUUUUGAUAUGACAAAAUUGAUUUUUCAAAUCAUGAGUGUCACUGUGGUGCAGUGGUCAAGGAGUUUCCAGUGGCACCCAACGAGAAUAUAGUUCAAAACCUCUUAAACAUAGCAUUGUUAAACGUAUUUUAGUAUUUAAACGGUAGAUAUAGACAUUAUAGAUAUUUUUCCUUUAUCUCUUGUACGUUGUUUUUAUUUUUUCUCCAUGUAAAUGUAAGUAUUGUCAUUAGAAGUGUUGUAACCAAAUAAAUGUCAUUAUUGAAAAAAAAAAAAAAAAAGAUAUAGACAUAUUUUCAUCCCCUAAAAAUUUUUCAUCUGUUCGGAUUUCCUAGCUGAAAGUCUAGUGAUCCGAAAAUUAUAGGGAUCAAAACUUAUUUUUUCGAAACUUUCAGCCAGAAAAAAGGCUCCCGAAAAUUCUAGGUGACCUUUUAAGGGUAAAAAUCGGUUAAAAAUUGGCAAUUAUACCAUUUUUUAGAUGUUCGAAAAUCCUAGGAGAGGCAGGCAAGCAAAAAAAUUUUACAACAAAUGUUCCGAAAAUUCUAGAUCUCAAAUCGUCUUCCGAACAGAUAUUUUCCGAAAAUUGUCGUUGAGUGCCCCUAAGUUUCUUGCACGUGCAGAUAAACAGGGUUCGACUCCCUGCGACGCUGUUUUCUGUUUAUUUGUACCGUUUUUUUUUCCUGUUUGGUCUCUUUUUUUAAACACUAUUUUUCAUUUUGGCUUUUUUUCUUUAUUCUCACUGCUGACCCUGCAGGUCAUGCACUUGGAUCAAUAUAUAUUUUAAGCUUAAGUCCGGAGUUUUAUUUUGGCAAAGGGAUUUCAAAAGCUCUUGAUGUGCAUACUGGCCAAGCUUACGACCAGAUAAAAACCAUAAGCUGUCAAGACAUGUCCCUCCUCUGAAACAGCUCAAUGUUAGUUGACUUCAUGACAAAUAACACACAGUACACCACAAACUGUACUAAUUUACACACAACAUCCACCAGUGACCCACUGGCGAAAGUUAAACUUGCCUUUUGUACAUCGUCUUAAUCAUCAAUAUUAUUACCUGUAUUACCCUAAAAUCUCCACUGGGUUUGCCCCCAAAAAUAAUUGAACGAAACCUUUUAUUGGCUUUCGGGAUUUAAUUACAGAAUAACAGGUGUAUGCCCAAUACAGUAUUAAAAUGCGCCGGUAAAGCAACAAGAUUCAAUGCUCACAGUCUCUCACAAAUACCUGUCAUUUAGCUUCCCCUUUCAACGCUACAGCUAAGCGAACUUUGAGAGGAACGAUAUGGGGUUCCACUAGCUCUGAAGAGCUGAAAAUAAGCACAAUGUAAAGUGUAAUACAUCCUUUUUAUGAACCUCCUGUACGUCGUCUUAAUCAUCAAUAUCAUUACCCUAAAAUCGCCACUGGGUUUACCCAAAAACAAUAAUUAAACGAAACCUUUUAAUUGGUUUACGGGAUUAAGCAACAAGAUUCAAUGCUCCUAUUUCAAGGCUACAGCUAAGCGACCUUUGAAAGGAUUGAUAUGGGGUUCCACCAGCUCUGAAGAGCUCAAAAUACGCCUGAUAUAAAGUAUGAUAUAUCCUUUGAUGAAACUCCUAUUGCUGUGUCUAAACUCCUGAAUCUUGCUGUGCACUGGCCCUCAAAAGUGUGACCGGUGGGUAUGAUUGCCCUUAAAAUUUGCUCGACUAUAGAAAGGAAUCUUUAAAAUUCAUUACACCACUGGACAUUUCACUCCAAAAAAGUACUUAAGUCUAGUUUUCUAUGACAAUAGGAACCUUAAAAUCUCCAAAUCCAAGAAAUCGGAUCAGUAUUUCCGUGAUUAAAUCGAAAUUUUUAUCCGUAUCUUCGAUGAACAGUUUGCUCGCCAUUUUGAAAGUCACUGACGCGAGACGUGACGUCAUACUGGCGGGCGGACUGUACCACAGAUUUCCUUGGAGACACCUUUCCCCCGCUGGGGCUGACCGUUUGACUUUUGAGGGGGUAUGGGUAAUUUUAGAAACAAAAAUAUCCUGCAGACUCAUUUUGAAAGAAACAAAUUCUUGCCAGGAAAUACCUGGCGAAAAAAAUUCUUACGCUGAAAAAAUACCUUUCAUGGCCUAUAAUGCUGGGAAAAAAGUCCAGAGGUUUUGGGGCAAAAUUCUUUCCCGGACCAAAUCACCUAUACCCCCCCCAAUCCAUUGACGUAAUUGUCCAGUUUGACUUAUCAUUCCAUUAUAUUGUGUGAAGCUUUUGAAAUUUUUAUCUCUUUUAUUAUUUUACAUUUGGGUGACUAAAUGAUGAUACGUUGUCUUCUUUCUCUUACCAUGCAGGUCAUUCAUAUCAUCAUUAGCCAAUUGGAAGAAGCUCCAGUUUCUUCUAACCCACACACUAUCGGCCUCGAGCUCUUGGGCGGAGAAAUCAACCGUAAGUCACCUGAUUCUUGCGCCUACGUGCACAGAGAUGCACUAUAUUUGUUCAGUGCGCAGGCCGUGUGGACGCCUGAAGACGAGGCUAAAGGUAAUGCGCAUGCGUGCAGGCAGUGGGCAGAAGAGACGGCCCGGUCAUUACUGCCUCACUCACUUGGAUCAUAUCAGAAUUAUGCUGACUGUGGAGAAAACACUAGGGCGCAACGCCUGGAAAAUUAUUUUGGCAAGGCAAAUAUCCAGAGAUUAAAGGAACUUAAAGAGGAGCAUGAUCCGCUUGGCAUAUUCACCAGAGAACAUUUCAGACUUUGA